AUGUCCUCCAACGGUAUCUCCCCUGCCAAUCUAUCCCGCCCCCACAAGACAACCAUGUCAGAGCUCAAGCUCCGGCGCCUGAAAGAGCACAACACUCGGCUCAGGGAGGACCUCGCUCGACCCCGAGUUCGAGUGAGCGAAGCCAGCGUCAGCUUGAUCAAGCAUUGCAGCUCCACAAAAGACCCGAUUCUUCCUUCUGUCUGGGGACCGCCUGGGAAGAAUGAGGAUCCUUACUCACCGCCAGAGGCUGGGUGCUGUACGAUCAUGUAA